UUAACCAUAAAGUCGCGUUAAGAAAACAUAAAAAAUAUUUUUCUUAAGCAAACGUUUGCGAAUAACUUCAGUUACUUUAAAGUUAUCAAACGAUGUGGAACGAAAAAUUAAUUUAAAAGAAAAAUAAAUAUAUUUUUGAACAAAACGCACAAAGAGAGCACGCAACAAAUUAACAAAAUUAAAUAUAAUUAUAAAUGGGCAGGCGCUUAAUAAACUAAUCUAAAUCAAAUUAAUAGAUUAAACGAUAAAAGCAAACACAUGGCUGAAAACGAUGAUACCGACUAUGAGGCGAAAAUCGAUUAUUUACAAAAAUGGUUUGAAGACAAUAAAAAACUACCAAAAAAAGUUGAUCGUCUUUUAUUGAAACGGUUCUAUCAGUGUAUGUAUGAAAAUGUGGAAGAUGCUCAAAAACUGAUUGAAAUCAAUUACUUAAUACGUAACAGUUAUCCGCAUAUAUUUUUGAAACGUGAUCCCAACGAUGCAAGCAGUCGCCAAACAUUUGAAUAUGCAGAUAUGGUGCCUUUACCGGGCCUAACGAAGGAGAAAUAUAAAAUCACUUUUUUCCGGCUAAAUGAUCCAGAUCCGAAAAAGAUGAACCACACUGAGGACACCAAGGGCUAUAUUAUGGUAACUGAUUGCCGUUUUUGUUCGCCCGAUCUGGUAAACGAUGAUAGCUUAUCCGAGGGUGAAGUUCAAAUAUUCGAUAUGACCGGUUUCAGUUUGAAGCAUGCGGCACGUUUUUCAAUGUCUUCGUUACGUAUUUAUAUGAAAUUUUUACAUCAAGCCUUCCCGGUGCGCAUUAAAUGCAUACAUAUGAUCAAUUGUCCGCCAUAUUUAGACAGAUUGAUAAGCGUUGUGCGUCCAUUCAUUAGUAAGGAAGUAUUUAAAUUGAUUUACUUCCAUACGGCUAGCAUCGACACCCUAUAUGAGCACGUACCACGCGAGCUAUUACCCGAUGAAUAUGGCGGUUCGGCCGGUAAACUAAGUGAUUUAAAGGCACAAUUUAUGCAAGUGAUGUCCGAUAAGAGGGAUUAUCUUAUGGACCCUAACUAUUGGAAAGUUGAGAGUUCUUAGUAUUUGUUAUCGCAUCUAGCACAUAUAGCCCUUCUUCCCUCCUCGAUGUUAUUAAAUUCAACUUUUACUAUAACUGUUAUCCAAUGUACUUACAAAAUAUAUUUUAAUUGUAACUAUAUGUAGGUGUAUGUUUCAAGCGAAAAGUUUUAUCAAGGUUUUAAUAAAACCACACAACACACAAAGGCAUCAGGUAUAUUAAAAAGUGUUAAAUAAAUUAA